GUCACAUGUACUCAUUUGUACAUACACCUAAGGCUUUGAGACCAUCUGCUUACAUAGCAUAAGGCUAUACGCUGUUUCUGCGUGGUAGCUCCAGAGAUACUGCGUUGUGUAAAGGCUCGGGAAUACGGCCGUGCGAAGAGAAGCGGAGCUUUCAAUUUGCAGCACGCCAGUGUGACUAGCAGCGAUGGAAAUGGGAGCAGCGGCGUCGCCGGCGCUGCCGCAACCGGGCGUCAGCGCAUGGACCGAGCACAAACAUCAGGACGGUCGCAUUUUCUGGUACAAUGCAAAUGAGAAGCGUUCCAUGUGGGAGAAGCCGACCGAGCUGAAGACGCCUCGGGAGCGGGCGAUGGAAGGCACACCAUGGAAGGCAUACAAGUCGGGCGACAGGACCUAUUAUGUGCACUCGGAGACCAAACAGAGCAGCUGGACGCUCCCACAGGAGCUGCAGGACCUCUUCAAAGAUCUGCCUGAAGACCCUGCGCCUCAGUCGCCCUCAGUAGCUGUCGGUUCCCCAGCCCCUGCUCACGUCGUCGGCAUGUUUCCUUCUGUCUCCCAAACAGAAGCUAAACCCUCGGGAAGCCCCGGCGCUCCACCUACUGGUUUGGCUAAUGGGUUGCCAAACCGCCCGGUAUACAGCGGCCCACCGCCUGGCUUUCCUGGAGGAACACCGGUAGCUUCUGUCUCUGGACCACAGCCGGUCACGGCAGGCGCAGUUCCGUCCAGUCUCCCGAUAAGGCCCGUUGUGGAUGCCAGCGCCCCAACACCGAGUGCCACUCGGGCGGAUGCGCCGUUGUUCGAAGAUGCCAACCAGGCGGAAGACGCAUUCAUUAGCCUGCUUCGACAGAAAGGUGUCACAUCAGAAUGGACGUGGGAGCAGACGAUGCGCACGAUUGUGACAGAGCCUCUGUACAAGGCACUCAAGUCGCUAAGCGAGCGCAAGGCCGCAUUCAACAAGUACAUCGAGAUGCUCAGGGCCAAGGAGCGCGAGGAGCAAACGAUCCGCCGCGGGAAGGCUGCCGAAGCCUGGAAGAAGCUCUUUGCAGGCAAGUUCAAGAGCCACAACUCGUUCGAGACCGCCAGAAAGUGGUUCGGGAAUACGCAGGAAUGGGCUCUUUCUAAAGACGAGGCAGAGGCGCGCGUCGUUUUCGAGAGCAUCAUUCAUGAAAUGAGGGAUGCAGAGCAGACGGCCGCCCGCGAAAUACGGCAUCGAAAUAUGGACAUGCUCAUGUCCCUGUUCAAGAAUUUUGAAAUGGACGUCAUGACGCGCUGGCGCGACGCGCAGCGUACGAUUCUGGAAUCGGAGGAAUACACGCAAGACGCCCGACUGCAAGAGAUGGACGUUGCAGACAUGAUCACUGUCUUUGAAGAGCACAUGCGCGUCGUUGAGAAGGGCGAACAGGAGCGGCGCGAGCAGGUAGACGACGAAAAGCGCCGGACGGAGCGUAAGCGCCGGACAGCCUGCAAGGAGUUGAUGCAGGAGCUCAAGGACGAUGGGACGAUCAAUGCCAAUUCGAAGUGGUCCGAUGUGUACCCGCUGAUCAAGGAAGACGAUCGUUUCAUCGCGAUCCUGGGCCAGCCUGGCUCCACGCCUCUCGACUACUUCUACGACAUUAUCGACGAGCUGGACACCCGACUCUCUGAACACAUUCGUCGCAUCGAAAAGGGCUUCCGUGGUGUCAGCUUUGAGAUCAAGGAGGGCAUAAGUCGGGAGGAGUUUGAUGCUAAAGUGGAGGAUGUUGGCGGGUAUGGCGACGCAUCCGAGCAGGAACGAACGCUGAUAUUCGAAGAUAUUCGUGGCGAGGCCAUCCGAAGAGCGCAAGAAGAGCGCAAGCGCUCCGAGCGCAUACAGCGCCACCAGGCCGAGGAUCUGCGCUAUGCUAUGAAACGCGUCGACCCACCCUUGUCAGAGCGGCUCGAGCUGAGCUUUGACCAGCUCCAAGUGCUGCCCGAGGUGACGUCGUUACGCGAAUGGAAGGACUGCCACGACGAUGAGACGCGCAAGAUGGCAUGGCAGCACUUUGUCGUGCGCACGAAAGAAAGGCAGGCAGAGAAAGCUUUGCGCGAUCGUAAUCGCGGCGAACAUGGCCGGGAGCGCGAACGGGACCGGUCUCAUCGUGCGGGGGAGGAGGGUAGCGCGGACCGGCGAGAGCUGCGUCGAUCGCGACAUGAUUAUGACGCCGAAAAUGAUGGAGGCGCAGCUCAUGAUGGCGGCGCGGAUUGUUCCCGGGAGAGAAAGCGCGAGAAGCGCGAGGUUGAGUUGGACUACUCGGAGCCGCUGCCUGACGACCGCGAGCGGGAACGGGACAGGGACCGCAAGCGCUCGGAGAGGCGGAGCGGGCGCAGGGCUGGAGCAGAGGAGCAGCAAGCAGAGAGAGGUGGCAGCGGCGGCGAUGGCGACAAGGAGCUUACGAGCAGGUCUCCGGUUGAGGAAGCUCGGCGCGUUACCUCGAGGAAGAAGCGCGCGGCGACCGGUGGUGCUUCCGUCAGCGCAGGUAGCAGUAGCAAGCGUCCCAGGACAGCGGACGAGGAAGUGGACAAAGAGGAAGGAGAGGUGUGACCUGCUGCACGAGGAUUGUAGGCGCAGGAGAAUGCCGGGUGCGUCUUGGCCAGGCAUUUCUUGCUUUUCGGGUCUCACAAGAACUUAUUCAUAGCAUACAUGAGGCGUAGCAUUAUGUCCUUGACUCUUUCGGUCCUAUGUAAUGCAUUUCGCUCUGGUCUCUGGAGUCUACCCUUCCCCC